AUGCCAAAGAAUAAGGGAAAGGGAGGCAAAAACAGGAGAAGAGGAAAGAAUGAGAACGAUUUCAUGAAAAGGGAACUUGACACGAAGGAUGUUGGACAAGUAUCAAAAAUGCUUGGUAACGGUCGCGUGUUGGCCUUCUGUUUCGAUGGUAAACAAAGGGUGUGCCACAUUCGAGGAAAACUGAGAAAGAAGGUGUGGAUUAACACCGGUGACAUUAUUCUUGUAGGACUGCGGGACUAUCAGGAUGAUAAGGGCGAUGUUAUUCUCAAGUACACACCAGAUGAGGCCCGGCGUCUAAAAGAGAAGAAUGAGCUACCCGAACAUGCCAAGAUUAACGAGAAUGAUGAACAAGAGGAGGGAGAGAUUGAAUUCAGAGAUCUUGGGGCAGAAUCUGGAGAUGAUGAAGGAGAGGAGGAAGGUAACAACAUGCCAUCAAGUGGUAGCGAUGAAAGUGAAGAGGAAAGCGAGGAAGAGGAUGAAGAAGGAAGUGAAAUCGAUCACUAUCUCUCGAUCGGGACAAUGUUCACCGCUGAUGCGGUGUCAGAAUCAGACGUGAUUCACGUGGUGUUUCAUCAUUAA